GAUAGCUCCCCGCUUGCUCCGUAACAAUUUUGGCUCAAGCAUCUGGUGAGUUUGCUAUUCAGCUGCAUCCACUAAGUCCGAGCAAGCAUGCUGCGUGUAUUCUUGCAGGUCGUAGUUUUGCUCACGACCGCCACAAGCACCUCUGGGGACUGCUCGCUCCGUGACUUUGGCGCUGUUGGGGACGGCGUGGCUGAUGAUUCCGUUGCGGUGGCUGCUGCUAUUGCAGCAUGUGCUAACGGUGGCACAGUUGUCGUUCCUGCUGGCAGGUACCUCACCCGUGGUGGCAUCGAGCUCACUAGCAACAUGGCAUUUGAAGUCCAGCAUGGGGCCACGGUGCUGCUCACCACGAACCGGAGCCUGAUACCAGUGCAAGAAGACGGCCACUACGCCCCAUUCUUGUCUGCCUACCAGGCGACCAACAUCUCAAUUUUCGGGGAAGGUACGCUCGAUGGUCAAGGUUCAGUUUGGUGGAAUUUUAACACGUCGCAGCAAGAAAAGCCCUGGUUUCUCUAUUUUGAAGAUGUCGAUCGGUUGCGCAUUUUCGGUGUGUCUUUAGUCAACCCCCCUUUCUGGACGGUGCAUCCUCGCCGCUGCCAUGAUGUGCACAUCCACGACAUCACCAUAUCUUGCGACCCUCCUCAAAUCCACUUCAACACUGACGGCAUCGACCCUGAUGCAUGCACAGACGUUCUUAUAGAGGACGUCGACUAUUCUUGUGGAGACGAUGCAGUCGCUAUCAAAGCCUCUGUGCAGGGGGCACCAGGCUCGAGGGCAAGGGUAGGUUUCGCGCAGCCUUCGUGUAGACCCACCAGGAAUGUGACAGUUCGGCGACUGAAAUCAGGAGGACGAGGAGGAUUCACCAUCGGGUCAGAGAUGCAAGGCGGGAUCGAAGAUGUGUUGUUUUCCAACUGCACCAGCACAGGUGUAUCUGGCAUUCGCAUCAGUGCACAACAGAAGCGAGGCGGAUAUAUCCGAAAUGUGCGCUUUGAAGACAUGAUCUUUGACUGGCCUGGCGAUGCGUUCGUAUUUAAGAAUAAGUCCUUUGUCCUCACUGUGGACCAGGACUACGGAUCGGGAGGAGAUCCUUGCCCUGGUAUGGGGCCAUCGGCAGAAUUUUUCAAUUUCAGUUUCAAGAAUCUCACUAUCACCCACUCGCCAAGCGGGCUAAGGAUUGGCCACAUCACGUGUCCCGAUGCAGCCUCAUGCCUCGAUGUCAGCAUUGAUGGUCUACAGUUUCUGGAUGUGCCAAGGCCAAUCCCUCUGACGUGUGCGAACAUUCAUGGCUCGCAAGUUGGCGUAGACCCUCCGGAGAACUCAGCUUGCCACAUGCUGAAUCUGCCUGUGGCCUUUGUGUAACACCAAUUAGACAAACCGGAUGCCUAACGAAGGCGUGUCGGUGGAGGAAAGACAGUGCCGUCAGUUGGCCUUUCGGAUCCUUCUCCUUUGGGGCCCCACGAGCAGGCAUGGCCUUGUAGUCCUAUGAGACACGAGCUCACAGCUAGUUGACGCGGUCCCGCGGGAGUGCAGAUAGGCUGGCACAAGCCCAUUCUUGCUGCCUUCCUCGGACCCGAGAUCAGCAGGGCUGUGAUAUGCUGCCCAACGUCAUUCACAGAGUGUCCAAGGCAGUGGCCAUCGGUGAACAAAAGAUGAUGGCUUCCCUUUGUCGAGGGAAUUGUUUCAUGCAUCGGAGGCCCGAUAUUCCCUCAUCCAGAUCUCCCGCUCCCAGAGGUCGAGACAACGCCGCUCCCGGAACUUCACGACCAUAUUGAACGACACA